AUUUUUCACUUCAUAACCAAAACAAUAUAUUACGUACUAUCCACAUUACAACAUCACAUACUUGGUAUAUACAUCCUGGUUUAUCCCAUACUUUAGUUAUCAUCCGCAUUGAACAUAUACGAAGUACAAGUUUUCAACAAUUAUUUGUUAUCUUAUUUAAAGAGAGGAAAAAUGUCGUGGCAGACUUAUGUGGAUGAGCAUUUGAUGUGCGAUAUCGAUGGUACGGGCCACCAUCUCACUGCUGCUGCCAUUGUUGGCCAUGAUGGUAGCGUUUGGGCUCAAAGUUCUUCCUUUCCCCAGGUUAAGCCAGAUGAGAUGAAGGGGAUCAUGACUGAUUUUGAUGAACCCGGCCACCUUGCACCUACAGGCUUACUUCUCGGGGGCAACAAGUACAUGGUCAUUCAAGGUGAACCUAACGCUGUCAUCCGCGGAAAGAAGGGAUCUGGAGGGGUAACCAUCAGGAAGACAGCUCAAGCUCUACUAUUUGGUGUCUAUGAAGAACCAGUCACUCCGGGACAGUGCAACUUGGUUGUUGAGAGGUUGGGAGAUUAUCUAUCUGAGCAGGGGCUCUAAGCAUUUGACAACUCCCAAUCAUGCCCACCAAAUUGGAAUAUUCCUAUUUCUUUAUCCUUUUAAAAAAAUUACUUUUGUUUACUAAACUACCACCCUCUUUCUUUGAAAUUUAUAAAUUUUAAAAGUAAGGUGGUUGUAGUACUGCGCACGACAAACUACUGAGAUCAUAAAUUGAUUGUCUGGUAUUUUGAACUUUUAGGGUCCAUUAUGUUGCCACAUGUUUAGUGGAAUUGUAUGUAUCCCUUUGCGCAUUUUUUGUAGUCUUGAGAGUUGCUUGAGUUUGUCAAGGACUUAUAUGACUUUAUAUAGCUCCCUGCAAUGUAGAACUUAAAUAACCAAAACAUGCAUGUUAAAUGAGUUUUCAAUAAAAAAACUCCAAACACUUUU